GAUGGAGCUAUUACUAUCUUGUAUUGUGCUACAAGUCCAGAAAUCGAAGAGAAAAAUUAUCGUGAAAAGUGUUUUGAGCCAUUUGAUGUGACGAAAGUGAACGAUCUUCAGAUGCUCAAGGCGAUGAUUUGGCUAAAAGGUUUUGGGAAAUUUGAUAAAUGA